AUGGCAGCCCCAACGGAACGUUUUCAUGUCCUUUCCCAGCUCGAUCAUUUACAGUCUAAGUAUACCGGGACAGGUCACGCUGAUACUACUCGUUGGGAAUUCCUUGUAAAUCAACAUCGAGAUACUGCUGCGUCUAUAAUAGGUCAUCCUGAUCACUUGAGCUUGGUGGCUAUAUGUGAAAACGAGUCCAGGGCUAGAGUAAAAUUUAAUCUUUUAACGCAGAUGAUAGCUCCUUGCGGACCUCCUCCAGAAAAAUCUCCGCUAGAUGAUUGA